AUGGCGCCCACUCAAUCCGAGCGCACGCCUCUGCUGGGCACGCAGCAGCGACAGCCAUCUGUCUCGCGCCACCGUCCAAGCUUCGCCGCCAGUAUCGGUCGCCCCGACCUCACCGCCGAGGAGGAGGAUGCUAUCGCACAGGAGUCGGCCUUCAGCGCCAUCCAGGGCGCCGCACACGGCGUUGAUCCCAACUCAUCCGCCUUCGUACCGCUCGACCAGAGCCACUUUUCCGUGUCCGGUAUUGGAGGUGCCAUCGCCGAGGAGCCCGAAGAGCCUCCCCUUCGCGCCGACAUCUGGGUCAUCAUGGGCGCCAUGUGGAUCGGCAGCUUCCUCGCCGCGCUCGACGGCACCAUCGUAGCCACCAUCAUGAACUCGGUCGGCUCCGAGUUCCGUGUGAGCAAGGAGGUCGGCUGGCUCGGAACCAGCUAUCUGCUCACCCAGACCGCCUUCCAGCCGCUCUACGGCCGUGCCUCGGACAUCUUUGGUCGCAAGGCUGCGACUCUCUUCGCCUCGGUCAUCUUCCUCAUCGGCUCGCUCCUCUGCGGUCUCAGCCAGACCUUCUGGCAGCUGUGUGCCGCACGUGCUAUCGCCGGUAUCGGUGGUGGCGGUCUAACCACCAUGGCCACGCUCGUCACGAGCGAUCUGGUGAGCCUCAAGGCUCGUGGUACCUGGCAAGGGCUGGGCAAUCUUGUUUAUGCCACGGGCGCUGCACUUGGAGGACCGCUCGGCGGUGCGCUCGCUGACGGCGGUCUCGGAUGGAGGUGGGCGUUCCUCGUGCAGGUACCUCUGUGUGCCGUGCACUUUGCCGUGGUCUCGUGGAAGAUCGACAUCCCAGCCGGUCCCGGCAGCAUGAUCGAGAAGAUCAAGCGCAUCGACGCACUCGGAUCGCUCUCGCUCGUCACUUCGGUCACGCUGAUCCUCGUGGGUCUCAGCCUGGGCGGCAACGAGCGCGAGUGGACUGACAAGCUUGUGCUUGGCUCGCUCAUCGGUGGUGGUGCGGUGUUGGUGCUGUUUGUGCUGAUCGAACGCUACGUGGCCCGCGAGCCGCUGAUGCCCAUGUCGGUGCUGUUCAACCGCACGCCUGGCUUUGUCGCCAUCGCGUGCUGGUUCAUCACCAUGUCGCAGUUCGGCAUCAUCUUCAACGUGCCAACGUACUUCCAGUCGGUCGAGCAGACGGCGUCGUCUUAUGCAGGUCUUCACCUCAUUCCCAACGCCAUCAUUGCUUCGAGCUGCAGUCUCGGCAGUGGUCUUAUUAUGGCGCGCACGGGUCGAUACCGCAAGAUGCUGCUGCUCGGCGGUCUGUUUGGCUUCCUCGGCCCGCUCAUGAUGUGCUUCUGGCACCGUGGCACCUCGGAGGUGUUCUACUGGGCCACCAUGCCCUUUGGUGGUGCGGCGUACGGUUCGAUCCUCACCAUCACGCUUGUGGCUCUGAUCGCCUCGGUUGACCCCAAGGACAUGGCGGCGGCUACGGGUGUGACGUACCUCUUCCGUGCGACUGGUUCGGUGCUGGGUAUCUCGCUCUCGAGCGCCAUCCUGCAGAACAGCCUGCAGAAGAACCUGGAAAAGACCGACAUCCCGCGCAAGGUCAUCCAGCUCAUCCGCCAGGACGCAGGUGCGAUCAAGGAGCUCAGCAAGCCGCUGCGCCAGGCUGCCAUCGGUGCGUACGAGCAGUCGAUGCACACCGUCUUCAUCGCCAUCGCCGCCGCAGGCUUCUUUGCCUUCCUCGCCCUCUUCUUCAUCGAGGAGCGCGAUCUUCCAGGCAAGAAGCCCGCCGCCCCUGCCGCCCCUGCCCGAGCUCAGCGCUAG